UCAGUUUUCUGAACCAAAGGAAUCACCUUUCCUCACCUCUUCGAGCUUCCGAGUUCACUACCAUGUCGACAAUGGCGCCGGCCAUGAAUCACAACGCCAUCACUCUAUCCGGCGCGAUCAUGGUGGCUGCCGUCGUCGUAAUCUUCUUGCUCUUUGUCCUCUUCCUCAUUUUCUACCUCCGCUCAAGCCUCUAUCUCGGUGCAGACCACACACUUGAAAACUCCUCUACCCACUUUGCUGGCGGAAAUCGCCCCUCUGUGUUCCGUCGAGCUCUCCACCCUGCCGUUCUUAAGUCACUCCCAGUAACCGUCUUCAGCUCUGUGGACUUCAAGAACGGUGUUGAGUGCGCUGUUUGCAUCUCCGAGCUAACUGAAGGAGAGCUCUUCCGGUUUCUUCCCGGCUGCCGCCACGGUUUCCAUCUCGAGUGCAUUGAUUUGUGGUUUAGCUCGAAUUCCACCUGCCCUGUAUGCCGGAGCUCAGUUGAAUUGCCAAAAAAGGUAAUUUUAAACAAUGCGGAGCAGAGUUGCUCUGUAAAUACCAGAUCUUUGCAAGUAGAUUGUUCAGGAGAAGGGUGUUCAAGGAGACCUGGUGUAUUGGAGGUAGAGAUACCGAUAAAUGCGGUAGAAAGUUCUUCUUUUUCGUUGCAAUCGAGUGAGAUUCCAGCGUCGGAGGAGGUAAAGUCGCCGACUUUGGCGAGUGUGAGGUCGUUGAAGAGGAUAGUAGAUGAGGGAAGCAGAGGAGUGAGCUCUGGGUGCUGCUCAAGAGGAUGGGAUGUUGAGCAGGGGCUGCCGCCGUCGGAAGCAGCUGCGGUGGCUAGAAUUGAAGUAGAAUGAGAGGAGAGAUUAUCAAGUUAGAAUUUUGAUUGAGAAAUCUGAAACUAUAAGAAUUGGUGAAUUCGAUCUGAAGAAAACAGUCAGUCGAUUCAUGUAAGAGAAGAACAAACUGAUUUUAAAGUACUUUGUGAUGGUGGAGACGA